AUGGCGGGAAUAGCUAUAGUUUUAGAUCUACUCAAGAAAUCUCAUACCAAACACACUUUUCACUCAUCUUCGUCUCUAUCUUCCACCGCCGCCUUAUCUGCUGUCGCCACUGCUCCUUUCGCCUCUAGGUUUCUCUUUGGUUCUUUUGAGCCACGAGUUGCGUAUUGUGAUGCGGCAGCUGCAAUAGAUGAUGAUUACCUUGCAGCUAUACGAAAGGUGUCUGCGGAUGCUUUGCAGUUUGAAACGCCUACCUACAUUCCUAGCUCUAAGGUUUACAAUAUCCAACCAAAACCACUCUUCUCUGCCUUUGAGUUCAGGGCACUUGCGAUGACUACAGUGAGAUCUCUUUUGAUGUUUUAUCUGCCUCUUUUGGAGCCUAAACCGGCUUCAGAGGACGAUGAUGAUUUCCUAAACAAUGCUGCGGAAGAACGCAGCCGCGCAGACUUGAUUGUUCCUCUUAAAAAAUCAGUCAAGCAGAUCGCCCGUGAGACCACAGUUGUGACCACUAGGAGAGUCCUUGAAAGGUUGGCUAUUAGUUAUGUCUCACAGCGUGUGGCAUGGAAACUUCUAAAGGAUGUGCCUCAGUCAACUUUACGCAAGGCUGGGAGAGGGUGGCCUACACAUUUAUACAUCUAUAAAGUCAGCCAGACAACUCUUAGAGGACACUUCCUCGGAAUUGCAGCAUCAUGGACAGUUCAAGUAGGCAUAGAAAUCUACAGAUGUGUGGUCCGGUAUGUUAAACCCAAUCCCGAAGAAGAAGAAGAGGGACAGGUGGAGAUAGCAGAGCAAGCCAAGGAUCUUGGAAACAAAGUUGUGGGUAUCACAGUUCGAUGUGGUGCUUCUUUAGUAUUUGCUGCCAUUGGAGCUGGUAUCUGCUCUUGCCUCAUGCGUCCCUCCACGGGACAAUGGAUCGGCUGCGCGUUGGGGGACCUGGCUGGUCCGAUGGUUGUUUCGAUUUGCUUGCAGAAGACUCUUCAAGCUGAUGGUUAACUUUUUAUGUGGAAAUUGAAUUCUUCAACUUUGACGAUCCAAAAUGAAAUCAAAAGCUUGCUUUUUCUGAAUUUUUUUCUUAUGGUUUUCACUGAAACCUUGUAAACUUUUUGAUCAACUCACCCGAAUGAUUCACAAAAUGUCUUCUGACAACAGUUCAAUAAGUCGGGUGUUUAUUUUUUCCCUGGAUUUGAUGUUAGAUCUUGUUACUUCUUUCGUUUUUACUCUUGUAACUAAACAUGUUAUUCUGUUACACAAACCGAUUGCUUUGGACGAAUCAUCUAACUUCUCGUACUCAGAA